AUAUGCAUUUUUUUAUGUAUCUAUAUAAUCUUCAUGUGCUGAAUCCAUAUUCUGUGUCAGUGGAUGCAUAUGCAUUACUUGAUGUAUCAUCCACCUCUCCUUUGUUUCCAUUUUCUUUCUUUUAGUCUCUGAGAUUAAACAUGAAGAUUGAUGUCCAGGUUAUCUCCAAACAAACAUCAGACCGUUUUCUCCUACUCCAUCCCUCCUACACUGGUACCAACCCUCCUUUCUCGAUCAAGUCCAACCCUCAGUUUUCAUGCCUUUGGUUAUGUUCUAUCCAACCAAGAACAGCUCCAAUAGUGUACAACAGUGAGAGUAGAUAAAUAAAUCUUUGUCCGAAGCUUUAACUAAUUUCUACCCAUUAGCAGGAGGGACUAAGAACGACUCUUACGUCCACUGGAAUGAUAUGGUCUCUACUUUAUGAAUCCAAGGCUAACUGCCAUCUUUCUUAUAUUCUGGAAAGUUGAGAUCCUGGAGACAACAAUAACUUCGUCCCACUUUAGCUCGACGAAGGUGCUGAGGAGUUACCCGUCAUGGUGCAACUCACCUUCUUUGAGUGUGGUGGACUAGCUACAUUGGAAACUUUAGUCAGGUGGCAGGCACCCACUGAACCUCAGAUGAAUAAUAUUGCCUCUGUGGGUUGGGUCGGCUCGCUUUUGGAUAAUUUGGUUACUUUCUUUGAUACCAAUAGUGGGGAUGGAAUAGAAGCAUGGAUCAACUUGAAGGAUGAAGACACGGCUAAGAAGUAAGAACUCAUUUAUGCUAUUUCCUCUUACCCUGUUAGCAUGUAUUCUUAAAGAAAUAUUGGCUCUCUCGAUGGAUUUUACUAGCAUGUAGGCACCUAUUUAUCAUGGCAAUAUCAAUAUAGGUUCGAUAUUUUA